AUGAUUAAUAAGUAUACCUUAUUAUUCAAAGACUUGACAUUAGAAUUAAAAUAUUAGGAAUUCUAAUAGCAAAAAAAGAGGAAGCCUCUGAUGUAGAAGUUGAUAUUUAUCAUUUUUCUUGUAAUUAUAGCUAAAUUAAUUGCUCUCAUAAUGAACUUUGAUUUGAAAGAACUUUAUGUAACCAUAGGUUACUUAAUUGCAAUACUAAGCCUGGCUUUUAUACUUAAAUUUAAGCCUCAAUUAAGCAGAUGGACCUUGAUCAUAAUAAACUAUUUAACCUUAUUAACUUAUUCUUAAACAGAUGAAGGGUAAAAUCAAUAUCAAUAUUAAUUAUAAUCAGCAUUAAUAGUUUCCUUCCAAUUUAUUGUUAUAAAUACUGGAGAAUUUUUGGAUGCAUUAAUGCAAGUGAUUUCUUUUUUUUCAUUCUACCUUUCCUAUUUUAUACUGUAUUAACCAAAUUUUCCUUACUCAAUUGCACUUACAACAUUCUUAUUUGAAUUCUUACUAAUAGUUACAUUUUAUAAUAAUAUCUCUGCUGAAAGAUCAAAGUUUAAACUUACAAUAAUAGAUGAUAAAUGGGAUUAAAUUCUAGAAAAUAUGAUGGUUGAACCAUGCAUUAUUUUUAAUUUCAAUCUUUUAAAAACAUCCUUUGUUUUAAAGAAAUCAAUAGAUUUUAUUUAUGGAAUCGAUACAACAGAAUAGUUAAUAUAGUUUUUAAGAAAUUCAAAUGUGAAUUAAGAUUCGAAAAUAAAUUUAGAGGAUUUUAUUUUUAAAAAGGUAAAACAAUUAUGUAAAGAUAAUAUACAAUUGUGGAAUCAAAAACUAACAAUUAAAUACAAUAAAAAAUUACAUGAUAUAUAUUAUUCAAUACUUUCCGAAACUUCUCCAAUAAUUGUGAUAAAAAUUAAGUAAUUUAAGUUCUCACACAUUGAAAAGGAUUCUGAUUUAGAAAAAAAUUAUUAAUACAAAUACAAAAUUUUACUAAAAAGUAUCUUUCUUUAAUUAAGAUUCAUUGGCUAAUAUUCGAUACCUUGUCUAAAUAGUAUUUUGAAGAUAAUCUUGUAUCAUUAUUUACUUGAAAAAAGAGAUAACAAAUCAAUUGCACCAAUAAAAAUUGAUAAGGUUGUAAAAUAAAUGAAAUUAAUCUACCCAUAAAUGCAAAUAUCUAUUGAGAAUUGUUAAUCAAGUUUUCGUGUCUUAGGUUAAAAAGAUUCAUUGUAUUUGGUUUUAAUGGAAGUCUUUGAAACUAUGUUAUCGAAACAAAUCCAUAUAAAAAUAAUAAAUUAGGAAUUUUCUAAAAAAUUUAUAAUUUAUGGAAUUCUCAAUGAGAGAGCAAAAGAAAAAUUGAAUUCCAGACUUCUAUACUAUAAAAAAAAUGUGGAAAUUAUUGAGAUUACUGAUUAAUGUAAUUUUAUCUAUAUAAUUUAAGGUGUUAGUUUAAUUCUUCAAUGUGAGGCUUAGGACUUAAAGCAUAAUAAAAAUGAGUCUAUAUGA